CGGCUGUUGCAAGAGCUCUGAGUUUGACAAGAGUAUAACCGUUGAACUUCACUCAAAUUUGUCCGUUACACCUUAAAUUGUGUUCAGAAACAAACCCGAUUUAUAAUAACCCAAGCCGACACUUUCAGGCAAUCAUGGAGCGGUCCAAACAGAAACAAAUUAAUAAAAAUGAAAAUGAAGCAGACUCCGCGAUCAACGGACACUUUGACGGACGGGUGAAGAUUCCCGGAUGGAGUGCCGCCGGGACCCCGAGCACCGCGCCGUCCUCCAGCGUGAUGGAGAGCUGGCGGGAAGAACGCACUCGCAGUCUGGAAGACAAUGAGAUGAGUCUGCCGAGCAUCGCUGCGGCGUACACCACGAUCCUCAGGGGGCUCGGGGAAGAUCCGCAGCGGCAGGGGCUCCUCAAAACUCCGCGGAGAGCCGCCACCGCCAUGCAGUUCUUCACCAAGGGUUAUCAGGAAAAAAUCGUCGAUGUCCUGAAUGAUGCAAUCUUUGACGAAGACCAUGAUGAGAUGGUGAUUGUGAAGGAUAUUGACAUGUUCUCCAUGUGUGAACAUCAUUUAGUUCCCAUUUUUGGGCGGGUGCAUAUAGGUUACCUUCCAAACAAGAGGGUUCUUGGUCUGAGUAAACUAGCAAGGAUUGUUGAGAUAUACAGCAGGAGAUUGCAAGUUCAGGAGCGUCUCACCAAACAGAUUGCGGUGGCCAUCACUGAAGCGCUGCAGCCUGCUGGUGUCGGGGUGGUGGUGGAAGCUACUCACAUGUGUAUGGUUAUGCGAGGUGUCCAGAAGAUGAACAGCAAGACUGUGACCAGCACCAUGCUGGGUGUUUUCCGUGAGGACCCCAAGACACGAGACGAGUUCCUGACCCUGAUCCGGAGCUGAGAGAGUCCGUGUUCAUGCCAAAACAGUCUGACCAGCCCUCUUCUCAAACACCUCCCUGGACCCAAGGAGUCUUCUCUGGUUCUGCCUCCGGACGAGGCACUGCUGCUGUGUAACAUACUGUCCCACCUGCCUCUGGGAUUGUCACAUCAGUAACACCGUCUCCUCUGUAUCACGUGUGUGUGUGUGUUUUGUGCACGUUUAGUCAGUAGAGCUUUUGGAGCCUCUAUUGAUGGGACCGUGGCUAUAACUGUUACAUGGAAGCAUUGUGUUUUUAAAGGACAUCCUAGAUUAGCACAAUUUGACCUCACUAAACUGACAAGCACCAAACCCACCGCAAUUUGUUUACAUCUCUUUCCGGUUGGGUCACAUUUGCGCUCUAUUAAACACAAUUGAGCUGCUUCAGAUACGCAACCAAGCAGUUUUAUUUUCACGCUUCUGAACAGGGAGGUACAUAUCAUUCAGAGUAUUCAAUUUUAGUACUGGAUGCUACUAAAUGUGACCCCUGGACCACAAAACAAGUCUUAAGUGUCAAGUUUUCAAACUGAGAUUAUCUGAAAGCUGAAUAAAUAUGCUUUCGACUGAUGUAUGGUUUGUUAGGAUAUGGCAAAAUUUGCAUAUACAACUAUUUGAAAACCUGGAAUCUGAGGGUGCAAAAAAAUCUAAAUAUUGAGAAAAUCGCCUUUGAAAUCUUCCAAAUGAAUUCUGAACAAUGCAUGUUAAUCAAAAAUUAAGUUUUGAUAUAUUUACAGUAGGAAAUGUACAAAAUAUCUUCAUGGAACAUGAUCUUUUCUUAAUAUCCUAAUGAUUUUUGGCAUAAAAGAAAAAUCAAUAAGUUUGACCCAUACAAUGUUUUGUUUUUUUGGCUAUUACUAAAUUUAAACCCCAGCAACUUAAGGCUGGUUUUGUGCUCCAGGGUCACAAAUGCUUACUGAAUGACCACUAAAUGAUUUCCAAUAUUUAUACACCUUGAUAUUUACAAGAUACUUCAAAGAUGAUCAUGGUAUUAUAUUAGUAUUGUACAUGUCCAAAAAGGGCAUAGUAUUACGAAGAACCACUUUUUGUUAGUGAAUAAAUCCAGACCAAUUUUAUUGUUAUUUUACUAUGUGUUGAAAAGGUAUUAUGGCUGUGCUGUCUUAAAAUGUUAUAUUUAAUAUAAUGUGUGCUGUGCAUCCGUCAAUAAUUGUGCCCAGACCAAAAAUACCAUCUGCUCAAAAGGAUAGUUCACCCAAAAAUGAAACGUGCCCAUAUUUAUUCACCCUCAUGCUGUCCCAUGAACCCAGACCCAAAAUUAUAUAUAUAAUUAUACACACAAUUUAUCGUGCAAGGAAAAAACAACAAUCCUUCAAAUAUUUUCCUUUUUGUUAAGCAAAAAAAAAAAGAAGAAAAAAAAAACUGUUAGUGUGAGUAAAUGAUAACUGAAUUUGCAUUUCGGGUGAACUGUCCCUUUAAGUGUUAUUUGAGCUCAUUAUUGACUGUAUUCAUGUGUUUUGUGCAACACUAUUAUUUUCUGUUUCAAAUCAGCCGUUGAGUCUGCUGUGUUGGAUGUUCUGUGAUAAAGUGAUAACCGGCUCCAGCCUUCUGAAUGUCCUGUCUGUAUAGCCAUUGAUGUUGUUUAUGCUUUUAUUUGUUAGAAAAAAAGACCAACCUGCAGUCGAGGUCAGCUUAGUAUCUGAUUUUGCACAUUGUGGGUUUCACUUACUGUAUGAAGAAUACAGAACAUGGCUGUACUGAUAAAUGUGAGCUUUAUAAUUAAAACAGGAUUAAAAAAGAUUGAACCCAACUAAAAGAUAUUUUAAGAUUUAGUAGAUCAUAUUUUGUACUUUUCUUCUGACGCAUGUUUACCUGUACUUGGGUAUGUGCCUUUGAGUUAGAAUUUAAACUACAUAUUUAUCAGGGUAGGUAGAAAAAUAUGUUAACCUCAGAAACAUUGUAUUGCCUGUGUAGUGACUUUUUAUUAUUAUUAUUAUCAUGAAACAUUGUUUGAGUGAUGUUCUGCAUUCAUGAUUUCAGAUGAAACUGAGCCAGACGGUAUCGGAGAUGUUAUGUUACAUUCAUAUCAUAUCAGUGGAUUCAUUAUGAAAAUGAGCACUUGAUUUCGAGAACUGAGUGUUAUUCAUGUGGCCUUCUUUAACCAAAAGACUCAAAGAGCCUUUCAAAUACUUUACUAUUGAUGUUCAUCAUUAUUUUCAGCUUAAAAUAAAAACAAAUAUUGUGUAAAA